AUGUCUGAACGACAGAAGAAACCGGUCCCGGUCCCCAGACUCUUGAGAACCAGAGUCGGGUUCAGCCAUCAGAGCUUUGACCCGGUGACUAUAGAAGCAUCCGAUCAGGUGAACCCCCCCCCCCCCCCCCAUGUGCCCACAGCCAGCCCCCACGCCCCCCCCUCCGGCCUCCACUUCUCCUCCCCCAUCCUGCAGCAGCCCGCCUCCUACUUCUCCCACCCGGCCAUCCGCUACCACCCACAGGAGACGCUCAAGGAGUUCGUCCAGCUGGUGUGUCCUGACUCCGCCCAGCAGGCCGGACAGGUGGGCCUCCUCAAUCCCAGCAGCAGCUCCCAGACGAAGGUCCACAACCCGUUCCUGCCGACGCCCAUGCUGCCCCCCCCGCCGCCCCCUCCGAUGGCCCGGCCCGUCCCGCUGCCCGUCGACACCAAGCCCCCCCCCACCUCGUCCACAGAGGGGGGUGGCAACUCCCCUUCCUCCCCCAGUGAGUAACACGAGCCCAUCGGA